UGAAAGUAACAAACCGCCGGGUGAGUGUCGACGAAUCGAGCUCAUCCACAGUGUCUCCUCUCCAUGCUGAAAACGUGCAAACGUUUCGGGGCGAGGAAACCGUGGAGCACCGCAGUGAACGUGGCUUUGCUGCAGCAGAUCCAGGGAGAGGCCUGUUUGCAUUCCACUGCAGGUGCAAAACAAUGGAGGUGAAACUCGACCAGCAGGACGAAGAUCUCGCAUUCAGCAACACUGACACUAAUGGUAAACGUCCAGCUGAGGACAUGGAUGAAGAGCAGGCCUUCAAACGUUCUCGCAACACAGACGAGAUGGUGGAACUGCGUGUGCUGCUUCAGAGCAAAAAUGCGGGUGCUGUUAUUGGAAAGGGUGGCAAGAACAUAAAAGCCCUACGCACAGACUACAAUGCCAGUGUAUCAGUCCCAGACAGCAGUGGCCCAGAGCGGAUCCUGAGUGUGAAUGCCAGCAUCGACACUAUUGGAGAGAUUCUGCUGAAAAUCAUACCAACACUAGAGGAGUACCAGCAUUACAGUGGGAUUGAUUUUGACUCCGAGCUUCGCCUGCUGAUCCAUCAGAGCUUGGCGGGGGGCAUCAUUGGGGUGAAAGGUGCCAAGAUAAAGGAGCUGAGAGAGAACACCCAGACCACCAUCAAGCUGUUCCAGGAGUGCUGUCCACACUCCACUGACCGAGUCGUCUUGGUGGGAGGAAAGCCAGAACGUGUCAUCGAAUGUAUAAAAGUUAUCCUCGAGCUGGUGUCAGAGGCACCAAUCAAAGGUCGUGCCCAGCCUUAUGACCCUAAUUUCUAUGAUGAGACGUACGACUACGGCGGCUUCACCAUGUUGUUCGAGGAGAGAGGCAGACGACCCAUCGGUGGCUUCCCCAUCCGUGUGCGUGGGGGUUUUGAGCGCAUGCCCCCUGUCCGUGGCAACAGACCCCUGCCUCCCUCCAGAAGGGACUAUGACGACAUGAGCCCCCGGCGGGGUCCUCCACCUCCGCUGAGCAGAGGUGGACGAGGGGGCAGCCGAGCACGUAAUCUGCCUCUUCCCCCGCCACCGCCGCCAAGAGGAGGGGGCGACAGGUUCUCACAUGGCAGCUAUCAUGGCGGCAUGGACGACAGACCAAGUGACAGAAGAGGCAGAGGAGGAGACCGUUACGACAGCAUGAGUGGAGGUGGAUAUGACAACAAUUCUUCCUGGGAGCACUUUCAGUCUGGUGGUAGAGGCUCAUACAGUGAUAUUGGAGGCCCAGUCAUCACAACACAAGUCACCAUCCCAAAAGAUCUGGCUGGCUCCAUCAUCGGUAAGGGCGGCCAGAGGAUCAAGCAGAUACGCCACGAGUCUGGGGCAUCCAUCAAGAUUGAUGAACCACUAGAGGGCUCUGAGGACCGCAUCAUCACCAUCACAGGAACACAGGACCAGAUCCAGAACGCCCAGUACCUGCUGCAGAACAGUGUGAGGCAGUACUCUGGUCGGUUCUUCUAAGACGAGGGAUAUGAAGAAGAAGAGUGAAGCCAUGCUGCCAUACUGUUUCCUCCUCCGAUUCAGAGCCUACAUUCCUCUGCUUUGCCUCCUCCCCUCACUAUCACACACACUACACCAUCUAUCUAUAAAUUGCAAUUUGUAUUUGGAGGAGUUUUGAAAAUCUUAAGCUGUCAAACAGCCAACAAGGAGUCAACAACAUGUUUUUGUGCUGGUGUAAUUAUUUUUAAGGAGAUUUUUGUGCCGUCAUUGGAGUAAACUCAUCUGUGUGAUAACUUUCGGUGUUGUUAGCCGCCCCGGGCCCUUAUCUCUCCCAUUUCAGUACAGCAUGCAGAAUGUAAUCUUUUUUUGUAAGGAACAUUACGUGAGUUUGAGUUUAGUUUUUUUUUUUUUUUCUUCCCUCAAAGCACACUCUCUUAAUGAAGAUGCAUGGUCUCUGAAUGGUUAAACAACCAUUUAAAUAUAAACUUUUAUUUUCACACAGCAUCCAAUCCCUUUUUCUCUGGCAAAUGAAGUGCUUUUUUGUAAGAUGGGCUCUAAUGGAGAAGUUUGACAUUUUGGUUAAUACCCUUAUUCGCAUUCUGGCGAUGAGUAAUGAUGCAUUCAUGUUUUUGGGAUGGUCCCAUUUCCCAAGUUGGGUAGUCAUUCUUUUGACUUUGGUGUGUUCUUGCGCCUUAAUUUAUAAUGGAAAAUAUAGUGCAUAGUGGAAAAUGACAUGGACACUUCAAAGAUGUUACUUGUUUAGAGCAUUUAAACAACACGAGCAUUCCCUAAAACCAUUAAAAUGUUGCAUUAGCUGACUUGUUCAGGGUUAAUGCUAAUAGAUAACUUUUCCAACUUACUAGGUUGACUGCCAAUGGUUAUAACCUAGUAUAUUACAUAUAUGUGCGGAAAUAAUUGAUGCGCAAUACUUGAAUAGGUAAAGUUUCUUAUUAUCCACCCAAUAUUUACUUUCAUCUGCCAUGUUUCUGCGCAAUUUGAAUUCAAGUUGGCAAGUCCUGUAGCAAAAUUUUUGUUGACUUUUCAAGUUGUUGUUCCAACUUGAGGGGCAUUCACAUGAAUUGCCCAGUCGGGAACUAAUUUUUCCCAUUAUUCCUAAACCACAUGAAUGUAAGAUGAAAUAAGAUUUGAUACCACUCUUGUGUAUAUAUUCUUUUCACUCAAAAAGGAUGUAACAAAGGAUGGCUAUUGGCAUAGUAAUAACACUGUGUGUAAAUGAUGUAACUUCAGAGAAAUAAAUUACUUAGGACAUUUUUUGAACAUGCCUUUAUGACUCAAGCAAGAUAUGGUAACACUUUAUUUUGAAGGUGUCGACAUAAGAGUCACACAAGCCUGUCAGAAACAUGACAUGACAAGUAUCAUGAGCAUUAAUGUUACUUCAAAGUGUCAAUGUUCAUGAGACAUCCCAUCAUGUUUAUGACACGCCCAUGUCACUCUUAUGUAGACACAUUAAAAAUGUCUUGCUUAAGUUACAAAGGCAUGUUCAAAAAAUGGCAAAAGGCAUAAUAAAUCCACAUCCAAACACACUUGACACAGGCCAUUAUCUUCAAGGGGUAAAAUCACAUGAUCUGAUCAACUGAGGAUGUAGGCGAUUUUACCAUAGGUGGCCGGCGUCAUGAGGAGAUGAUUUAGGCAAAAGAAAACAAUUUUGACAAAAAAUGACUUGGGCGAUUACUUAAACAGUGUGACGAAAUAUGAAACUACAGCCACCAGCUAGUUAGCUUAGCUUAGCACAAAGACGGGAAACGGAGAAACAGCUAGCAUUAGAGUAGCUCUGUCCAACAACAUAUUCCACCUACCUGCAUCUCAAAAGUGAACUAAUAAAAACACCUUAAAUAUAAUUAUAUUACGUUUUAAACGUAUAAAAACCAAUGUAUUUUAGUUCUUACUUUACUUCAUCUAGUCUUUCUGUCAGCCAAUAUAUAGCCCAACAGCUAAACCCUUAAAAGAGCAAUUUGGUUUUAUAGGAAUUGAACAAAUGACUAAUGAGAUAUAACAUGUUAAUUAGUGAUCUUUCAAGGUGCGUUUACUGUAACGUUAGAUGGUCAAUUUCUCAGCUACCGUUAUCUAACACUAGAAACUGAAUAAGCCUAUUUUCCAAAAAAAAUAAAAAUGUUGCUUUAAGUUGGGAUAAAUGUGCCAGUUUGAUAUAGAAGAAAGACAUUUUUAAAUAUUUUUUUGUUUUUCAUAGAAAGACAAGGAGCUGUAUAAAGUGUCUCUGUGUAUAUAUUUACAUAUAAACAGUAAUUUCACGAUGAGUUUUGUUAGCUAGGCCCAGGAUAUUUUCUACUUUCUUGGAAGGAUAUGGUGCCAUAAAACAGGUUUGGUAAUCUUUCUUUUUUCUCUUUCUAUUUCUUAUUUGACUUAUUUUCUGCCACUCAUGACUCGCUGUAAUGCAACCUUAAUAUCUGAUCUAGUUAUUCUUGCACAAGUAUGUUUUAAUUUUGACAGUUUGGAAGCACUUUUAAACCCUUUUUUUUUUCUUUUUUGCUUAAGAUGCAGUUUGAUGUGAAGAGCAUACAGCUUUGUGAGUCCAUGAGUGGCGUUUUCUGUCCGGUCAUAUCUGUAUCUCUGUGUUUGAUAUCUGUAAGUUAGUACCUGCAGGUGAUUAGUAAAUAAAGUCUGUGUCACAGUUCA